CCGAGAUUCACACAAGAGGAGUCCAAGUUGGUGAAGGGGUCGUUCGAUUUUCUGGGUGUGAAUUACUAUACUACCAACUACGCCGAAGAGGCUCCUCCCUUUGAUAAUGAUGAUGAUAAUAGCGACAACAACUCAUCCUCCCUCAAUCUUCAUCUCAGCUACGCCAAUGACAGGCGUGUCCUUCUCACCACCGACAAGGACGGGAUUCCCAUUGGCACACCGACGGGUUUGAGCUGGCUUUUCAUCUAUCCCAAAGGGUUCCAGGAGCUUCUCUUGUAUGUAAAAAACAACUACCACAAUCCCACAAUUUAUGUAACUGAAAAUGGAUUGGCUGACAAUCAUGCACUGCCACUUGAAAUGGCUCUUAAAGAUGCUUUGAGGAUAAGAUACCACAGCACCCACCUCCAAUAUCUUUUG